CAGCUGUGUCAUAGCACUGUCAUAGAAAACAAAAAAUUGAGAGAAAUAUAAACAUUCAGAAGCAAACAAUUUGAAUAAUUAAAUAAUAUAGCUAGUAUGCCAUUAUUGGAGAACAUCGAUGCCAUGCCUGUGAACACGCCACCUGCGCCAACGACAGAAACAAACGAUACACCCCAGAACCCACCCGUACGUGAGAUCACACAAACGGAUCACUUAAAUAAACGCUUGUUGAAAUCGUUGCUGGACUCCAUGAAAACUACUACAGAACCGGAGAAGGAGUCAACUGAAACAGAGUCCAGUAAUAGUGACUUCGAUGAUUGAAUCGUCUAUAUAUACAUUUAAUUAUUAAGUCAAAGUUUGGUCAUUAUUUAACUACAACUAAUAAAAUGAUAACUAUUUGAUCUUUUAAAUAC